GGGGAGACCUUACUGCUCGCAUACGCUUAUCCAUCGAAAUGGCCCGACGUUCUCAAACAACGGGACUAUGUUCAAACUUCAGAUCAGCUGCAUGGAGGUGAAUAACUGCACGCCCAUGACACAUAUCAUCUGCAAAGAUGGCCAUAUCUUUCACAUUCAGUUUUGGUUCAACACGGAUCCCGCCAACGGCUGCAUGCCGUUCGACUUUGACUGGGACGAGUUCGAUACCCUGGCGUCGCAGUGCCACCAACUCACGCAUAUCGUCAUGCGUAUCGGUGCGGACCUGGAAUAUGUAACCGAAUUUGCCGAAGGCAUGGCAAGGAGGUUGAAGGGCGCUCACCGCGCCGGGAAGCUUACCAUCUUCUACGAAGGUACGGAAGAUGAGGAUGUAGACUGGCACACAUGGGAGUUCAAAGCUUCGUAGUGGGGAAUUCUCAAGAGGUUGGGCACAGCACCCUCCAUGGGUCCCAUCAAUCACCGUC